AUGAGUAUCACAAACGGCGUCCUCACAAUUCUGCCUGCUCCUGCUGGCUACGAAGUGGACUUUGAGCACCCACGGCGCAUUGGCAUUCCAGAAACCUACUGGGUAGUAGGUGUUGGAAACGCCAUCUCAAUUCUCUUUUUCGCGCAACGGAUCUAUACCAAGAUUGCAAUCCUUCGGAAGUUUUCCUGGGACGAUGCGUUCUUCGUCCUUUCUUGGGCCUGUUGUGUUGCAGUUCAGGUGUUGUGUUGUCACCUCUAUGGUUCCGGCUCCAUGGGUGUCCAUGCCUGGGAGAUCCCGAUUCAGAAAUACUCGCAAUUCUCGUUGCUUGUCAUGAUAUCUUCGGCUGUCUACGCACCGGGCACGUGUUUCGCGAAGCUCUCGUUGCUAUGCUUCUAUUACCGCCUGACUGCGAUCCGCUGGUUCCGGCUUUCGACCCUCUUCAUGGUCUUCUUCGUCGUCGGAGGCUACCUGGGUAUCUUCUUCAGCCUGAUCUUUGGCUGCAACCCUGUGCAGAAGACGUGGGACGUGACCGUCCAAGGGACAUGCAUCAACACAGCCGCGCUCUAUAUCGCGACUGCCGUCCUCGGCGUCGUGUCAGAUCUCCUCCUUCUCGCGAUGCCUAUCCCGAUAGUGCUUGGACUCCAGCUGCGGACCUUCCAGAAAGCCGGCAUCAUCUUGCUAUUUGUCAUUGGUUCGAUGACACUCGUCACGUCCAUCGUCCGCCUCGUUCUUCUGUUCCCCAUGCUGGUCGACUUUGACCAGACAUGGGCUGUAGUCGACCCGUUCACGUGGAUCUGCGUCGAGGCCAAUCUCCUCGUCGUCUGCGCGUCGCUGUGCACGCUCCGCAAGUUCGUCCUCACAAUGUGCCCGCGGCUCAUG